AUGUCAAAUGAAAAUCCAAAUGAAAACUCAAAUUCAAAUCCAAAUCCAGCUAACAUCGGCACUUUGCACACCUCAAAUCCAAAUCCAUCCACCUCCACACGCACCAAUGAAUACUCCUCACAAACUAAAGCAGGCACCGCUAAAAUGAAGUUUGCGCCUAAAAUUCAACCACGAAAGAAGCCCACAGAAGUCAAGCCAGAACCCACUUCGGAUCCUUCUAGCGGUAGAGGAAGGGGUAGAGGAAGAGGCGAUUCUACACGAGGUAGAGGUCGUGGUAGAGGUGAAGUUCAAAUGACUGCAUCCGGUCCUUUCGCUAUGGGUCCUUCAAAGAACGCUGGAAUGGGUAGAGCUCGUUCUGCUCAAGCUUCAGGUAUCACCGUUGGUGGUAAUAGGCAGGCUAUGCAGAAAGAAUCUGCUCAACUCACCGGCGCUGGUAAACCUUCACGCUUAGCAGGUGAUAGAGGUGCUACUGUUAAAGAUGACCCCGAGCAAUACUCUGAAAAUGAGGAUGAAGGUAUGGAAAUUAUCGAUAUUCAACAAGUUGCAUCUCUCGAUCAAAAUGCUCCUACUUCUAUACCUAAAGAGCAUUACAAGUUUGAUAAUAAAAAAGAUAAGAAGAAAAAGCAUCUGAACAAAGACAUUAAACCGAAAGUUAAACCUGAUCCAGAUGGAAACGUUGAUGAGAUGAAACAAGAUGAAGAUGAUGACGUUGAGCAGGCUGAUGUUGAAGAUAUAGCCAAAGGUGGUCUCGAUCUUAGUGCUUCAGAAGAAGAAGAUGAGACUGAGGACGUUGCUUACGACUUUACAGCUGCUUUAGAUGCUGAUGAGGAUAAAAUGCUCUUCCUUCAAUUCCCAAAGACUUUUCCAAAGUUUUCUGCACCACCCAAACAAGCAAACACCGACAAGCGGGUGUCAUUUGCUGGGGCUGAUCAAGAAAAAAAUCAAGAUGAAGACGAUAAAGAAAAAGAAAAGGACACAAAGAAAGAUCAAGACAAAAAACCUGACACCAAACCUGACCUUUCAAAACUCGACCAAAUCAGCCAAGAUGACGACGCUGAGGGUGAAAUUGGGGAGUUGUUAGUGUACGAAGAUGGUCAAGUUAGAAUACAUCUCGGAAAUGGUCAGGUUUACGAUUUAAACCGUGCCACACAGCCUUCAUUCCUUCAAAAUAUAGUGUCUAUCGAUCAUCACCAUCGACAGAUAUCUGUUUUUGGUGAAGUCGGUUUGAGAUACUCUGCAAUCCCAGACAUAGAUCGACUGAUUGAUCAGAUGUACCUUGAGGAUCAAGAGGAGGCUGCGGUUAAAACAGAUGCUGGCGUUGAUGCUGGUGCUGCUAAGCAACCCGCCUAG